CAAACUUGGAACUCUUCUGUCAGCCAUUUCUUGUUGCUUCUUUCUGCAGAAGCUAGUCUCAUGGCGUUUCCUCAGCUUAUCACAGCUCUACUUUUUGCAUUAGCCCUAGCCACAAUUGACCCCUCCACAUGCAAAGAAGUAAAAGCUAAAGUCUCUUGCCUUGACUGCCCCAACAAUUUCGACUUCUCUGGGAUUAGGGUUUCAGUAAAGUGUGAUAAAGUGAAUAAGUUGGGAGUGGCAACUGCAGAACAUGAUGGCUCCUUCAACCUUAAACUUCCUAAAGACUCAGGGAAGUGUCUUGCACAACUUGUGGGAGGACCAGAGCAGCUUUAUGCUUCAAGGAAGAACAUGUUCUCUCGAAUUGUGAAGGCUAGAGAGCCCAACACGUUCACCAUAUCUACUCCUCUGAGCUUCAGCACAAAGUCUGAGCUAGGCUCGUCCAAAACUGUCGAUCUUCCUCUGCCUCCUGAGUGGGGUUUGGCACCCUCUAGCUACUAUAUCCCUUUCUUCCCCAUCAUUGGAAUACCCUGAUUAUGUAUUCCUUUAACGUUAAAGCUCUUGUGUAAUAUUAUCAAAAGCACACCUAUAUGUAUAUGCGACAUGAGUAAAUGUGGCAGUGUGGUAAGAUCUGUGUUUAUGCUUUACUCUUGUUAAGUAAGCUUGUGAAGAAGGAAGUUACUUUUUCUAUGUUUGAAAGCAGGCAUGUAUAUGAUGUGUUCUGCCUUGUCUAUGUAUUUGUGUCUCAUGUUAAUGAUAGUCCUGGUUCAUAAAGCACCAGUUUCAGAUUAUA